GCCAAUCCAUGAUUUCCCCGCGGGUCUCCUCAUCGGUGCCGGGCCGACUCACCGCCGGGCCUUGUUUGUUUGGGGUGCUUUCCCUUUCUGGGCAGGUUGUUGCAUCACCGGGCACUCAGCUCGAGUUACAUACCACUUGACUAAACUUGAACUAUCUUCUCAUUGUUUUACAUUCUGUCCAGCUGUCACUCACUUUGUAUCCAGCCUUAAUUGAUUCCUUCCCGCCUUCAUCCCAGACUGGCUCUCAUCCAGUCCGUCAAUUCCCCGCCAUGGUCACCUCCAAUGCGCCUUUUCGGCCCUCACCCUUAUCCUUUGGCUCUCCUCGAGCAUCUCCCUUCCGCCGUCCAUCCACAUCCAACUCCCCUCCGCAAGCGCGACCUAGUACUCCUGGCAGCUCCCCCGGUCGCGGAUACACGCCGGUGACGUCUCCCAGCAAGCUCAAGGAAUCAUACACGGUCGCAGAUGAGGAUGAAGGCUCCUCCCCGCCUCAUCAAGAUCGCAGCCCGGUCGCUCAACCGCGCUUGACACGCGAGGUGCCUCUGUCGCCCACGCGGGGGGCCAGCGCCGCAAACACCUCCCCGACGAUGAUGGCUACUAAGGCCACCCAUAUAAUGGCAGCAUCUUCGGACGCAGCCGCUCAGCUCUCGCCAGCGCAGUUGCGAGAAAUCCGCGAGGCUUUUCAAGUUCUGGACCGGGACAAUGACGGCUUUGUCAACAAGGAUGAUGUGGCUGAUGUUCUGGUGAACGUGGGCCAAGACGCAUCUGCACUUUCGCAAUUCUUCCCGCCUGGAGGGGCGUCUACGAUCAAUUUUCCCACCUUCCUCAAUACGCUUUCACAACUGCUCGCCCCGUUAUCUGCCCAACGGGAACUCUUGAACGCCCUGGCGGCCUUUGACGAGGAUGACAGCGGGCAGAUCGACGUGGAGGAGCUGUGCGACGCUCUGAUGCAUACCGCCCCCGAGGACGGAGAUCGGCCGCUCACCGAGCGGGAAAUCCGAGACGUGCUGAAUGGGUUCACGGGCCGUCGGGCAUUCGGGGCCAAGGGCGCACGAAGCACCGGAGGGGGUAAACGUGGGGAGGUCUUCCGGUACCAAGAAUUCGUCAGUGGGCUUGUAGGCGGAACAGAGACGAACCAAUCGACACGACGCGAUGUCUAACGGAUUGAUUUAGUUUUCUUAUUCUUGUUUUCCAUUUUCUUUUUGGCUCAUGGCGUACGGAGACACGAAGCAUCAGAUUUGCAACUGAAUUGUGGCUCUGGCAGCCAUGCAGUUGCAAAGUAGACGACAUGAUUGUGAUCGAUGUGCUUGUAUUUAUUCUGCGUGUAGAGACGAGAGCGAAAUUGAGAUUGUUGUUAUGAUUGUGAUUGUGAUUGUGAUUGUGAUUGUGAUGGAGAUGGAGAUGGAGAUGGAGAUGAAGAUGGAGACGGAGGGUCCCCACAUCGGCCCGAAUUUAGGUUUUCUUUCCUCGAGUCAGGCUGGCACGAGAAGCUGUCAAUCAAGGGAGGGGGCAGAGCACGAAGGAGAUGAUCAUUAGAGUUGGCAUGCGAAGGCCAGCCUUCUCGUGCAAUUAACAUAAUAUCAAGUUCAAUCAAUCAGUCAACCAAAGGUCGAUGAUGGUGGUGG